CCAGCACACAGCAGGCGCGAUAAGACAAUCUCGCACUUUGGGUCUCAGAACGGAAAUAGUCUGGUAUCUAAUCUUAUCAACUAUGCCACCAACACACAUGGCAGGUGGAACCUCAGAUUACAGAAUUUGUGGUACACAUUAACAUCUUGAUGAGUACGGACACUGGAAAUCAGAUACCAAUUUUUGCCACAGGAGAGUAGAAAAGUACUACAUACGUACCUUGUGAUAGAAAGAAAGCACACACCUGCUGUCUAGAAGCCCAAGAUAUACAGAGAAGUGAGGCACCACUGAUCUAAAGGUGUGCAUGAGAAUGCUUCUUACGCAACAUCCGGUGUAAUGCCAUUGUAGUUUAUAGCUUGAGAUGAGCCCACUGUGAGUCAGUCGGUGGUUGGUGGCAGGCCACUAUGAUUGAAAUAUUACUAACUUUAGUGGCGGCGAUGGCGGCGAACAUGCUGGGGAUGGCGACUGAAACCGGUUUGGAUGUAAGAACUAACCGAUCCUUUGCCAGUGCUGCGGACCCAUGGGAGAGCAAGUGGCCGCGUCAGGUGGACCUGAUUCUUCCUGGUUUAUUAUCGCCUGUCCAUUUCAAGGAUGACCGUCUCCAUCAAACUGAGGAGGAAGCUAUGGCGCCCCCUCCGCUGAGGACAUUCCCUGGGGUGCUGGACCCCAGCUGUCUUCAGCUACUUAGGUGUCAAGAUGAACACAUGUUUGAAUUCAAGCGUAUGGAGAUUCAUCAUGCUGACCUUCCUGAGCAAUCUGCCUCUGCCUGCGGCCACUUGUGCUUGCGACAGAGUCCCGACGUCCUCUUGGUAAUGGCCAAGCUGAAUCCUUACAACCAGCAUCUCGUGUGUGGCUGUGGGGACCAAGAGGCGCUUCUCAGCCCCGAUGUGCUGGCUGUUGCUCCAGUAUGUUCCCAGCCGUGCCCGGAUGGCGGAGACUCCUGUGGCGGACCUAGGGCGGUCUCUGUCUACAAAGUGGAUCGCAACAAGAAAGAGUGCAUGGUGCCCAGUAAUUACUACUACGGGUGCUACCACGAGAAAAUGGGAGCGGGAGCCUUCAUCUUGGAUCGCUGGGAGCGGUGGGGCGGGGGCUGCCAGACACGGUGCCAAACAGUGAACAAUUCUGGAUCCCUGAUGAGGCUCACUACUGCGGCUAACGGCACCACUGCAUGUGAAUGCGGAGUAACAGAGGCGGAGUUGGGAUUAUCGGCGACAGAGGGGUCUGAGGGCUGUGGAUGGAAGUGUCCUGACGGGCGAGGUUGGUGUGGAGGCAAGGGAUUCACCAGCGUGUACUCCUCGUACAGUGCUGCUUCGGGGCAGUAUCCUCUCCCAUCGCCCUGUCCCCUCGUAUUCCUCCUUACCUUCCUUCUCAGUUUCCUUCGGCAGGAUAUGGUGCAGUAAAUGGAAGAAUGAAGAGUCAAGGUCUUUCUCUCGUUCUCUGUCCCUCCGGUGCAACACUUCCUCUCGCCUUCUGGCUCUACAUGAACGCAGUGGUUGUAAAAUGGCCGUUUCUCUACAGUUGCAUUAAAGAUUAUUGGUCUGUGAAUAAGAAGGAGCAGAAAUCCAAUUCAUAUGUGAACGUUCAAUAAGUAAAUAGUUUAGACAACCUUAAAGAAAUUUUUUUUUAAUAUAUCUUUAGAGAAGCUCAACAUACUGUUAGGGCUCUUUACUAGAAAUCCACUGCCUUUCUGCAAUAUGUAUUGUAACUUCAUUAAAAAAACAGUGUUACAAU